CACAACCCUCGAACGAAAUGGCAGCCAUGAUCAGUCGUGUGUGGUCAGCAUUCAGCCCACCGCAGGUACCCAAGCAGGAAAGUGCUCUCAGAUUUGGUGUGUUGGGUGCCGCAAGCAUAGCUCCCCUAUCGUUGAUAAUCCCCGCCAAAUCUCAUCCCGAAGUGAUUGUCCAAGCUGUCGCAGCGCGUGACCGAUUAAAAGCAGAAGCAUUCGUAAAGUCGCACGGUAUCCCAGAAGUCAAGGAAUCAUAUCAAGCUUACGACCCAAAGNACAUACUUGACGACCCUAACAUCGAUUGCGUCCUCAUUCCGCUACCAAAUGGACUCCACUACGAAUGGGCCGUUCGUGCAAUCCGUGCUGGCAAGCAUGUUCUCUUGGAAAAGCCUUCGACAUCAAACUCAACUGNNGAAGCCAUGGGUCUUUUCAACAUGCCCGAGCUAUCUCAACCAAAUGCCCCGGUGAUACUCGAAGCUUUCCACAACCGCUUCUACCCAUCUUGGAAUCUGUUCAAGUCUCUAGUCAACCCUGCAGAUGUGGUUCAGGUCACUUCAGCCUCCAUGAUUCCCUGGUGGGCCUCCUCUAAAGACGACAUACACUUCAACUACAACAUCUCUGGUGGUACCAUGAUGGCCAUGGGAACUUAUAACUAUGCAGCGCUCCGUCUGCUUUUUGAUGCCGAUCCUGUAGAAUGUACGAGUUGCGAGUCUCAGGCUUACACAGAUGGAGUCCACGACAAAUGCGACUAUGAUUUCCAAGCCAAGUUCCGCUUUCCCAACGGUGGAAUCGGUGAAGCGAGCAGCACCCUGCAAGGAAGCACCAUUCUCAAGCCUUCCCAUGUCACGGUGACUACUAGGGAGAUCACUGUACUCGAUGAGGAUCUGCCGGAGGACCAGGACAAGUUUCGCUCGCAGAUCCUGACUCUGAACGGCAUGAUCCACGGCUUCUUCUGGCAUCGCAUCGACAUCAAGAGCAAAUUCGAGAUUCGCAGCAGACGCACUGGCAAAGUGAUCAAGAAAUGGGAAGAGAACGCGUCCCGUAAGGCCUAUACGUUCAAAGAAGCUGGCGGCGAGUUUGCCGACCUCCCUGGUGAGACUUCCUGGAUGUCCUACAGGUAUCAGCUGGAAGCCUUUGUGAACAAGAUCCGCGGUCGCGAAGCUCAGCAUUGGGUGACUGGACAGGACUCGAUUGCGCAGAUGAAGAUGAUCGAUAUGGCAUAUGAGAAGAGCGGUCUUGGGCCUAGGCCAAGCAGUUCAUUUUCA